AUGGAGCAUCUACUUAUGCAUCUUGCAUAUGAAGCCUAUCUUGGUGGCCCCGUUCAAUACAGGUGGACGUAUCCCUUUGAAAGAUUCAUGGGUGAUUCAAAACGAUCAGUGAAGAAUAAAGCUAAAGUUGAAGGAUCAAUAUGUGCACAUUACUUGCAUCAGGAAACAUCACAUUUUUGCAGUCAUUAUUUCAAUAAUUUGAUGUUAACUCUAAGAAUCAUAAGGAAUGAAUUUGAUGUUAACAAAAGAAGUCAGUUUACCUUGUCAAUCUUCGGUCUUCUCGGUCGCCCCUCUGGAAAGGAGAAUGUGCAUGGGCUGACCCAAAAAGAAUUGCAAUCUGCACAUGUUCAUGUUCUAAUUUUCUUCCUCAACGUUAUUCCUUCACACAUCAGCUUGGGGGAUCUAGUUUUCCUUAGCAGACUCCCUUCGCACAACUUGGGGGGUCUGGUUUUCUUCAGCAGUAUUCCUUCACGCCGUAGUCUUUAG